GGCGCUGCACUGGCGGCUGCCCACUGCUUCACUGGGUGAAUGGGUUAAAUGCAGAGGAACUAUUUCCCUACGGGGACUAACAUGCACACUUUACAGCGUGAGGAAUGAAACUGGUUUAAUGAUUUAUCAAUAAUAUUUGAAUCAUUUCUGAUCAGUGGUCUGAUUUAGUGACUUUUACAAAAUAGCUAAAUUACAUGUAAAUAAUUCAUAUAAAAGUUUUAUAAUAACUGUUACUGUCAGUGAGAUCAGAGCAAGCGUGUGAUGUUUGUAAAGAGCAUGUGACCUUAGUUCAAACCUGGACCUCAGAAUGAUCAGCAGGAUAUUGAUUACUCUGGUCUGAAGCUCAGGUAUGAGGAAGAAGAAACCUCAUCUGUGCGAGCACUCUUCCUGCCUGUGAGAUGUUCCCCCUCAGCGUCACUGGGACUCAAACCCACCAUCUCCUGUUUACCACCUGCAGCUCACACCUGAAGCAGGCGAAGAGGAGUCUUGCUGGGCAUCGGACAGAACGCAGGUUUAAGGAUCUCUGCCUGUCUGAAGAGCGGUUUUGUUCCUGCUCGGUCUUGUUAAUCGAUCCGUGGUUGUCUCAAAGCAGCCGGCUGAAUUCACUGUUGUCUACCAAGGUUUCAGGUCAACCCCCCACCCCCAUUAAGCCCACGCUGAACUGCACGUGCUUUUACCUUUGUCCUUAUCCAAAGGUCAAAGAUUGUUGUGAGGACCAGAAAUUGGAACACUACUAUGCUUGUGGGGACCAAGAGGCCUUAUGGGGACAAAGUGCCCGUCCCCACAAGUUUGAAGACAUUGUUGAGACUCAGAAUGUGGUUUUAGCAUCACAGUUAGAUUGUGGUUAGGUGUGUGUGUUUUGGUAGCUGUGUGUGUGUGUGUGUUUAGUUGCAGUGUGUCUCGGCGUCUGGCGGGGAGAGGCCCCGGCUGUCCCAAGCUCCAGAGGCCGCGCAUGCGCCGUGUGGCGGGCUUUCCACAUCAAGGCUGUGAAGUGUCGGAAGUUUGUCGGAGUGAGGCCGAACAGAGGACGCUGUGAGUGAACCAAAGAGUGUUUUAAAGGCGAAAAAAGUGUGUGAGGACGCGGGGGGGAAGUCUGCAGAGUACCCCGAAGGCUCGUCGAUGGGUUUGAGCCGCUUCCCGCUGGUUAAUCGGCGCAGACAGCAGCGUUAGCGGCGGCUGGAAGAAGUUGUAAUUGUUUUUUGGCGCUCAGCGGCGAAGAGGAAAGAUGGAGGAUCUGCGGCUGUAGCCGCGGCUAACGCUAGCUGCCCCAGCGUCUUCUCGGCCCAAUCCGAGCUGCCGAGCGGCCCCAAGGGCGUCCCGCGGUUUGGAUGCUCCCAUCGGACACGGCGAAGUAGCCCCAGCUGCUGUUCCUGUUUGACCCCUGACGGCUCUGAGGAUGGAAGCAGGGCUACCGGAGGCAGGAUCUAGACAUCAGAUGGUGCUCUGAAGAAGCCAUGGGUAGCUGCCUAAGCUGUCCAGAGAAAGAGUCGAUUCCAGAUAAUCAUCAGAGUAAAUUCAAGGUGAUCAAUGUGGACGACGAUGGAAACGAACUGGGCUCGGGAGUGAUGGAGCUGACCGACGCCGAGCUCGUCCUCCAUACCCAUCGCCGCGAUGACGUCAGGUGGCCUUAUCUGUGCCUGCGCCGCUAUGGCUACGACUCUAACCUGUUCUCGUUCGAGAGCGGCCGCCGCUGCCAGACGGGCCAAGGCAUCUUUGCCUUCAAGUGUGCUCGCGCUGAGGAGAUCUUCAACAUGCUGCAGGAGGUGAUGCACAGCCACAGCAUCAGCGUGGUGGAGGAGGCUGUGCUGGAACCCAGCCACCAGGCGGCGCUCACGCCUGCAGCUCUCGGCUACUCAGUGCCGUCUGUGCCAAACGGUGUCACGCGGAUCCCAUCUGUAGGCGAGGCACCAUCUCACCCAUCCAGUCGUCACCCGUCUGUGGCGAGCACCCGGCUGCCGUCGGUGGGGGAGGAGUCUACGCACCCUCUGCUGGUGGCCGAUGAAGCGGUACACACCUACGUCAACACCACGGGGCUCCUGGAGGAGCAGCCGAGCCCGCUAACUGUCACCACCCCGCUGGAGAGCCCUACCUCUCCACAAUCUCAGUGUCCGCCGACGCCUCCGCCCCCUCCGAGGGUCCGUGGGGAGCCACCGCCACCGACGCCCACCCCAGCAGAGCCACAGGUGUUGCUGGAGCCACAAGGCGUGCGUUUUGUGCUGGGCCCCACGCCUGUUCAGAGGCAGCUGAUGGAGCGGCGGCAGAAGGCGCUGAAGGAUGCCGCCGAGCACCAAGAGACUAACGGCCACGGCGAGAAGCCCACCGAGCCUGAACCCGCCGCCACGCACUCCAACGGCUCGUCGGCUCCUCGCCGCCACCGCCCGCCCCCCCUCACACCCGACCUGCAGAAUGUCAAUAACUCGGCCCAGCGGCGCACGGCCCUGCUGGACUAUGAGAACCUGCCAGCGCUUCCGCCCGUGUGGGAGGCGAGGAAGCCGAGCUCCGAGGACGAGGAGAAGAGCUGCGGCGGCUCCAAAACGCCGUCGCUCAAUGGCUACAACCACCAUGCCCACCACCACCUGCACCACUCCUACUCCCACCCGUUGUCCGCUGCGCUGGAGUCCUCGCACAACUACGUCAACACAGAGAACGUCACGGCGCCGCUCAGCGCCCAUCGGCCUGACACGGCCCGCCGCCGCGUUGAUGGGCCCACCAUCUUCAACUUUGACUUCCGCCGGCCGCUGGUGUCGGGCCACAGCGAGCCGCCCAAGACGCUCAACUACAUCGAGGUGGAGAUGGACAGCGGGGCCGGGAACAAAGGCGCCUCCGACGGGAGCAAUCCCCACACACCGCGCACCCCCUCCUCGCCGUUGCCCCCCACCACCCCCACCCGCCGCACCGAACUCUAUGCCCUCAUCGACAUCGAGCGCACCGCUGCCAUGUCCAACUUACAGAAGGCGCGGCCGCGGGACGAUGGCACGUCACGCAAGACGAGACACAACAGCACGGAGCUGCCCACCAAAAGCACGGCGUGACACCCCCCCUCCCCCGUUUUUACUCUGGGCUCCACGCCGAGCCGCAUACGGACUCCAUGAGCCGGACACUUCCUGCAGACAGACUGAUGAUGACAUACCUCUGCUGGAGGCGGCGUGCUGAUGAUGUAAUAGACUUCCUUAUAUGGUACAAAUCAGUAUUACUGAACAAAGCAUUCCAUUUAGCCUUUUAUACGAGUCACUACGUGCUGCUGUAAGUCACUUAUGUUCUACAUGUACAGUAGAUGUGCCACAAUAAAAGUCUGGUUUUAUUUCUACUGCA